GUCGUUUCGCAUGGACAGUUCAUAACUUUUAUGGUAGCGAUAGACUAGAUCCGCGGUUGUUUGCGGCCUGCGAGGUCGAGCUUUAGUCCUGCAAGCUUCUGAGGCGCGUGUCUUCGAAUUCUUUCUGGUUGGACUAGACGGAGGGGAAUGUCGCCAACUCUCGGAGCAGUCGCGGCUUCUGAGGUCGGCAGGUUGCUCCCGCCGCCGACCAUCGCGCGCCGAGACUUGUCGCCGCAUCGUUCGGUUAUAAGUAAUCAAAGCAGAUCAGAUCCAAGUGACCAAAGCAGAUCGGAUCUAAGAAACCAAGGCAGAUCGGAUCCAGGCAAUCAAGAAAGGUUUCACCGCGACGCUGCCUCGGGGGUAGCGGCGGCUGGAACAGACGCGAGGCCGGCAGAUGUGAUAGAAAGAGCGGCGGUUAUGGCGGCAGGGGACAGGGCGGAUGCAGCGGAGCCAGGAGCGAGCGAUGCGCGAACGCAUUCAGCGGGCUGCGGAAGCGGCGGAGCUGAAGAGCCGGGUGGGGAGCGGGUGUGCGCGGAUCAAGGCGCGGAUCAAGGCGCGGAUCAAGGCGCAGAUCAAGGCGCAGAUCAAGGCGCGGAUCAAGGCGCACGGGAAGCGGGGGGGUUGCAGGGAGCGGCGGCGGAGGGGGCGGAGGAUGAGGGCGAGUACAGAGAGGAUGGCCUGAGCUUCUGGCAGCACAUGGUCGCAGGAUCCGUCGCAGGCAUGGUGGAGCACAUGGCCAUGUUCCCCGUCGACACCAUCAAAACUCGCAUGCAAGCCCUCGCCACCACCAUCCCUUCCGCUCCCUCCGCCGCCUUCUCCGCUCCCCCUCCGCCUUCCCCUUCCCCUUCCGCGCUCUCCUCCUUGUCAUCUCUUGCCGCCCCCCGAACCGCCGCCGCUGCCUCGUCAUGCGCCUACCAAUCCACGUGUACAGCCGCCCGCUCAGCAUCCGCAGCUGCGCAGACCCUGUCGCGCUCGCCCACGAUCAGAAACGCAGUUUCGUCCAUUCUUAAAACGGAAGGCGCAGCAGGCUUAUAUCGGGGAAUAGCAGCCAUGGGACUAGGGGCGGGGCCUGCACAUGCCGUGUACUUCGCUGUUUACGAAGCGGCGAAAGAGUCGCUGCUGAGACCGACUAGCGGCAGUAACUGCAGAGGCGUUGAUAGUAGCAACGGCGUUUCGGAGGGUUUCGGGUUUUCGCCGGUUUUCGGGUUUUCGCUGCCACCUGCAGUCGCACAUGCGACGGCGGGCGCGCUUGCGACGGUGGCGAGCGACGCCGUGCUGACGCCGAUGGACGUGGUGAAGCAGCGGCUGCAGCUGAAGCGAAGCCCCUACGCUGGCGUGGUGGACUGCUGCCGCAAGAUGAUGCAGGAAGAGGGGCUGACCGCCUUCUACCGCUCCUACCGCACCACGCUCGUGAUGAACGUGCCCUUCACCGCCGUGCACUUCGCCACCUACGAGGCCACCAAGGUCUGGCUUGGCAGGGCGCUCCCCGGGGAGGCGCUGCCUGGGCAGGGCGUGCUGGACGAGGACCGCCUGCUCACCCACGUGCUGGCAGGGGGCGCUGCUGGCGCGCUGGCCAGUGCGGUUACGAAUCCACUUGAUGUGGUGAAGACACGGCUGCAAUGCCAGGGCGUGUGCGGAGUGAAGCGCAUACAGAGUGCCUCGGUAACAGCAGCGCUGCGCAGCAUAGUGAGGGAGGAGGGGUGGGGGGCGCUGUUGAGAGGCAUGCGGGCACGUAUGCUCUUCCACACCCCGGCUGCCGCUAUUGUCUGGUCCACCUAUGAAGCUUCCAAGAACCUGCUGCGUGACUUUUGAGGAAGUCUGCCAAUGUCACUGUUAUGCGUAUGUAGCGCUGGCUUUUGAGUUGCCAAAAGAGUGGAUAUACGGUAGUCCAUUUAAGGUGAUGGUUUACCACUAGAGUGCCUGGCAAGGCGCGCUGUGCCAGCAUUUGUAGCAACGCUGCUUCCUUACCAAUCAAGCUCUCUUUACCGACGGUGCUAUGGGCACAAAGCCCACAAGCUGUUAGCCACGGAUGUACAUGGCAGACUUGACA